GGUCACAGGGAUCGGCCACCCCUCGUCCUGCUCCACGGGCUCUUUGGUAGCCACAGCAACUUCCAGACGGUGGCCAAGACACUGGCGCGCCGUGGUAGCGGCAAGGCAGGUGCUGACAGUGGACGCCCGGAACCACGGCAGCAGCCCCCACAGCCCCGUGAUGACAUAUGAAGCGAUGAGCCUGGACGUGCAGCACCUCCUGAGCCGCCUGGGCAUCACCAAGUGCAUCCUCGUGGGACACAGCAUGGGGGGCAAGACAGCCAUGACGCUGGCCUUGCAGCGGCCAGACCUGGUGGAGCGCCUCAUCUCCGUAGACGUUGGUCCUGCCCCAACAGCCCCCGUGUCCGAGUUCUCUGCCUACAUCUCGGCCAUGAAGGAGGUGAAGGUCCCGGCGGGGCUGUCCCGCUCGGCAGCGCGCCAGCUGGCCGAUGACCAGCUGCAGCCCGUGGUCAAGCUCCCACAGCUGAGACAGUUCCUCCUCACCAACCUGGUGGAGGUGGAGGGCUGCUACGUGUGGCGGGUGAACCUGGAGGCCAUUUCCCGGCACCUGACAGAUCUCAUGAACUUCCCUGUGUUCCAAAAGCCAUAUCCUGGUCCUGCACUCUUCUUGGGAGGGUCCGACUCGCCCUAUAUCAGCUCCAGAGACUACCCAGAGAUCGAACGUCUCUUCCCCAAGGCAGAGAUCCAGUACAUUAAAGGUGCAGGCCACAUAGUCCAUCAGGAUAAAUUUGAAGAAUUCAUCACUGCUGUCCUCAAUUUCCUGCCACAGCUGUAGCACUGGGGACCAGGGUUUGUGCAAGGACCAUGUGGGUCCCGAGGAGCUCUGGACAGUGAUGCAGGGCUCAGGCUCUGAGGAUGGGCUCAGCUGGGACUGGCUGGCCUCACUGCAGUCUGAUCCUGCCUGCAAGACCUUCUCCCAUCCUGAUUCUCCUGCAGCCAGAGCAGAGAGACACCUGCAUCCUGCUGAGAUCUCCUGCCACCUCUCAGGGAGAUGGGGUACCGGUGGCUCAGGACUGUCCUGCCUGCACAGGGGUGUCAGGUACACAGAGGGGCAGGAGAGCUCUCUUGUUUUCCUGCUGCCAGACCCUCCCAUGGAUCUGGCUGUGACUUUGCAGAAUGUGCAAUAAAGCUGAAUCCAUG